AUGUCGUUCAAUAGAGAGGAAGCGAAAUGCCCUUCUCAUCUCACGAACCGGAUCUCCCACGGCGAGGUCACAGGGAACUUUCGCCAAUGGAGGACGGCAAUUGCAGUCACUGCCGCGAUUCUUUUCACUGUCUUUGCAAUCAUAGCUUCCAUCCUAGGCGCGGGGAGUGUACUGGCGUUGGUGCGCCGGACCUGGCGGCUUGUCCGGCCCAACUCGACAUGUCGUCCAUCACGAACAGCGCGAUAUCAGCUCGACUACUUCCAAUGGAACUUUCUGUUCGGUUUCGUCUACAUCGCCGCGUUGCUGGCUGUAGCCGUGGCCAUUGCCCACACCCUGGAUAACACUGCGGUCCUUCUUGUCAGUCUUCCUCUACCGCUAUUGGCUUUUCAGAUUAGCAGUCAAUUGGUAUUAGGCUCAAUGCUGGUCUGGCUGCGCGCCAAAUAUCCGUUUCGCGUUUCGUCGAUGGCAAAAGGCGCCUUGGUUCGACCAGGGGUGUACACAAUUAUUGAAGACGUGGUCGCGGUUGAUGGAGGACAGGGGGUGCAUUUCCGCCAGCUUCUGGAUGCUCGCUAUGAUUCGAGCAAAGCGCUCCAGGCCCUUCUACAACGGAUGGGCUGGGCCUGGGGCCUGUCCGGGCUGGGAGUGUCCAUCUUGCUCCUCGCCCUGAUUGGAAGCCUGACGAAUAAGGAAAUAUCAUUCGUCCUCGGCUGGAGCGUACCAUGGGUAUGGGUGACCGUUCUUACUCUGCUCACAUACUUCAUUGUCAGAACAGCCCAGACCUCUGAGGAGGUCACUGCUAUUGCUUAGCAAAGGACUCUGUUUUCCUCAUUUCUGGGGGUGCGGGGGAUCUCCCUGUCCUGUUGGUGAAGUCUAAAGAGCGUUGAUUGGCUCUUU